CCAUUUUCUGAUUAACUAAUUCGGGAUUUAUAUAUGUUUGCCUUGCGAUCCUUGCGAUCAUAUACUCUUCGAAAGCUCCCAACCAGUGUCCCUCGACAGGUCCAACGGUUGGCCCUCUUCCAUCAAUCUGCUUGCCCGCGCAAUGCGCAAUUAGCCUUCAAUCCUCCCACCAUGCAGAAUUCCCCCAAGAAACCCGACACCGUCGCAAAGCGGCGCAAGAGAGCCAAGGCUCCCCGCGAUAACAAGAGCAGCGGCUUCGACGAGGUCCUCCAGGCCGAUAUUGAUCAGCUUCUCCGCAGACACAAGCCCGAAACCGAGCUCGAGACAGAAGAAGCUUCUACACCCCCGCAACCCACCCUUCCCGAGCCUUUCACCGAAAUUGAAGUCCAGAUCGCCGAGAUUUCGUCAACCGGUGAUGGUCUCGCAUUGUCCGAGAGCCAGGAUCAUGUCUACGUUGUUCCUUUCACAGUCCCCGGCGACAAGGUGCUGGUCAAGGUGGUGCGGCACUUCCCCUCCCUGUCCUACAGCAUGACAGAUUUUAUCAAGGUCAUUGAGCCUGGCCCCAAGCGCAACGAUGCCGGCAUUGGUUGCCAGUAUUUCGGCCGGUGCUCCGGAUGCCAGCUGCAAAUGAUGUCGUAUGAAGACCAACUCGCGCACAAGAAGCGCAUUGUGGAGAAGGCCUACGCCAACUUCUCUGGCUUGAUUCCAGAACUGAUUCCUGCCAUCGACGAAACUUUCCCAUCUCCGCUGCAAUACGGUUACCGGACGAAGCUUACGCCGCACUUUGCAGCUCCUGGCGGAAACAAGAGGAGGGGCAAGGGACCCCGCGAGCCGCACAAGGAGGUGCCCCCGAUUGGUUUCACUUUCAAGAACCGACGCAUGGAUUUGGAUAUUGAAGAUUGCCCGUUGGGCACCGAUAUUGUCCGACAGGGAUUGAAGAGCGAGCGCAAGCGUGUGGCCGAGACCAUCGGCAAGUACACCAAGGGUGCCACUCUUCUUAUGCGUGAGUCGACCACUCGCGUGCCGAAAGAGCAGGACAGCGAGAACCCUCCUGCGCCCAUCAACAAGCCCGGACAGGAUUCCGGCGACGUCAUCCGCGUCGAAAAGGAUACAUAUAUUGAAGAGAAGCGCUGCGUGACCGACUCGAACGCCACCAGCAUUGAGUAUGUCGACGACUACGUCUUCACCAACAAAGCCGGCGCAUUCUUCCAGAACAACAACUCCAUACUCUCAGGGUUCACCGAGUUCAUCCGCCAACACGCUAUGCCCCCGAACAACGACCAAGACGCCAAACCCAUCAAAUACCUCCUGGAUGCCUACUCCGGCUCCGGUCUUUUCACCAUCACCCUCUCCCCGCUAUUCAAGUCCAGUCUGGGCGUCGACGUCGCCGGCGACUCCAUCGCCUCGGCACGGGACAACGCCCGCGACAACAAGCUCCCGAACACCGGUUUCGCCGCCGCAGAUGCAGCCGUUCUCUUCAAGGACGUCCCCUACCCUCCUGACCAGACUCUGCUGGUCAUUGACCCCCCGCGCAAGGGAUGCAGUGACGACUUCCUCCGGCAGCUGCUGGCCUUUGGACCGCGCCGGGUAGUCUACGUCAGCUGCAACGUGCACACGCAGGCGCGCGAUGUGGCCGUCAUGGUGCAGGGCGAUGCGGAGAAGAAGAUUCGGUACGAGAUCGAGAGCAUCCGGGGAUUCGACUUCUUCCCGCAGACGGGACAUGUUGAGGGAGUGGCUAUUCUGAACAAGACGAGUAUACCCGAGUCUGCUUGAAUUCAUAUAUAUGAUGGCGUUGGUGGUUAAAAAGAGAC